AUGGCUAAGCCAGCUUCCUUGUUCUCUCUGUUUCUGAGUUUUCUUCUGCUCUUCCAUGGCUGCAUUGCUCGGCAACGAGGACAGCAGCAGCAAAGUGAGUGCCAAAUCCAGAGACUCACCGCCCUCGAACCCAGAGAAUAUGUCCAAGCAGAAGCCGGCGUAACCGAGUUGUGGGACUCGAGGAAUGAGCAACUCCAGUGUGCUGGGGUGUCGGUUAUUCGCCAUACUAUCCAACCCAGAGGCCUUCUUUUGCCCUCUUACACCAACUCACCCCUACUUGUCUACAUUGUCGAAGGUCGGGGUAUUCAUGGGGUUAUUCUGCCUGGUUGUCCCGAAACCUUCCAAUCAUCCCAGCAAUCUCAGCAAGAACGAGCAGAACGAGAAGGCCAGAGUUUCCAGGAUCGCCAUCAGAGAAUCAGACACCUUCGACAGGGUGACUUUGUGGCAUACCCAGCUGGGGCAGCACAUUGGGUGUACAAUGACGGUGAAAGAGAUCUUAUUGCCGUUGUUUUGCUUGACACCGGCANAUACAACUUGGAGCUGUAUCAGAUUUUCAUUGAAUUUGAUUCUCAAGUGCGAGUGGACAUUGUUUUGAGGAAAGAAGGGGUUUUGCCUCUAGAUUGCAUCCAGUUGCUGGGAAGUGUUGUUGUGAGGAAGAAAAGGUUUUGGAGCAGCAGGAGGGAGUCAUGGCCGAAAAUGGUGCCAGAGAUGUCGACGGUGUCGAAAGUGUUCGGUUCGAGAGCUUACGAACGGUACAGAUACGAUCUGACUCUCUUGGAAGCGACUUCGAGGAACGAUGACGGCGAGAAUGUGUUUGUACGGCUAGUGAAGGAGUCGACGGCGGCGUUGCUCAACUCUUACUCCAGGAAGGGCUACCCAUAUUCUGCUUGGGAAGUGAAGACGGCGGUCAUACAAGCUUUGGUAUCGGAGAAGGCUGCUGAAAUUCAGGCCCAACAGUUUUCUGAGGCCAAUGAGAACUGUACUUAG